UCUUUUAUGUCAUAAAUGUAAAUAAUACUAGAAUAAAAUUUAUUAACAUUUUUAUAAUGAAAAUGGGUGCAUUACAAUACUGUCUCUGCGAGUGUAUUUGCAAGUGCACACUUUGGAACGUACAUCCUGAUGCAGGCGACACAAAAGUGUUUCCAAGAUAUUGGGCAAAGGUUUAUUCUCGGCCGUCUACGUGAAUAAUGCUUCACAUUUGUUAGGGUACAAUAAAUGAUAAUUGUUUACAAAAAUUGGAUGUAAUGUUUGUAAAAAUUACAUAAGAAUAAUUACAAGUAUGACAAACAAGACUUCAGAGGCUGCAAGUUUUUGAAAUGGUUCACCUAAAGGGCGCCAAUACGUAAGCGUGAAUCUCGCCGGGCCUAGGAGAUUGCGCAUUGCUUGCGCAGUGGUGGGGGUAAGGUAGAGCGUGGCAGUCACACUUGCAGUCGCGUGCCGCCACGUGCCACGUUUUGUGGUGAACCGUUUUACGAGUGUGAUAAAAGUGAGAUUAAAAAGAGAAGAGUGAAAGAGAGAGAAAGUGAAAGGGGAAAGUGAUAGUGAGAGAGAGAGAGAGAGAGAGAGCUGAAGAAGAAAAUGCAGAAAGGGAAAUCAAAAGAGGCCAUAAGAGAGGGCAAACUUCGUACGAAGACGACAAUGACGACGAGGAAAUCAAAAAGUGAAGGCGUCAUUUCACGGUUAGUUUCGAGGGCUGAAUGCGCUGGCUGUGGUGAUACAAAAAAAAAGCAUGUUUCGCCACAGCCACCGCCACCGUCACCACCACUACCGCCUCCGCCACUACCGCCUGCAUCGCCAUCGCCGCCACCGCCGCCGCCCCCGUCAUCAUCGCCGCCACCGCCGCUGCCGCCGCCGCCGCUGCCGUCGCCGUCAUCAUCGCCACCGCUGCUACCAUCGGCGGAACGUAGUCUUCCAAAAUAUAUUUUGUCAAACGAGUAUCCCAUGAGCGGCCAGCGUAUGCCGACGCCGUGUCUCAUGGGAUACUCGCAAAAUAUGAGACACCGGGCGCCGCGAUCACGAGCACCGCCACCGCCAGUAAUAACGCACAAGCAAAUGAAGAACAUGUUUCGGCGCGCGUUGCAACAGGCGAAAAAAGAAGGAUAUAUUGGUGGUGCAGGAUAUGGUGGAGGAUCUGUAGACGCGCCACCAAUAAAAAAUCAUCCGCCUUUUACUGAGGCGUCCAAUCCGCCGCCGCCCACCCAGGUGUACUAUCCGCCGCCGCCGCCGCCGUCCACCCAGGUGUACUAUCCGCCGACGCCGACUCAGGCGUACUAUCCGCCGCCGCCGCCGACUCAGACGUACUAUCCGCCGCCGCCGACUCAGGCGUACCAUCCGCCGCCGCCGACUCAGGCGUACUAUCCGCCGCCGCCGACUCAGGCGUACUAUCCGCCGCCGCCGACUCAGGCGUACAACCCGCCGCCGCCGACCCAGGUGUACAACCCGCCGCCUCCGACCCAGGCGUACAACCCGCCACCGCCGACCCAGGUGUAUAACCCGCCGCCGUCGACCCUGGCGUACACCCCUCCUCUGCCGACGCAAACGUACAAUCCGCCGCUGCCGACCCAGGCGUACACCCCUCCUCCGCCGACCCAGGCGUACAAUCCGCCGCCGCCAACCCAGGCGUACAAUCCGCCGCCUUCGACCCAGGCGUACAACCCGCCACCGCCGACCCAGAUGUAUAACCCGCCGCCGUCGACCCUAGGGUACACCCCUCCUCUGCCGACCCAGACGUACAAUCCGCCGCUGCCGACCCAGGCGUACACCCCUCCUCCGCCGACCCAGGCGUACAAUCCGCCGCCGCCGACUCAGGUGUACAACCCGCCGCCGCUGACCCAGACAUAAAUUGUGGCGAUUUUUUUGUAUUUUUCUAAAUAAAAAUUAUCUUAACGUACAGAAAACCAAUUCAUCAAUUUUUCAA